AUGUUGUACACCGAUACCGACUCAGUAUGGUGUAAGGUGUUUUGCUCUACCUUGGUUGGACUAGGACAAACAUGGUUCAAGAGCAUUCCACCGGCAACCGUCUUUGAUUUCCGCCAACUCACAUCUAUGUUUGUAACGCACUUCGUAAGUAACAAGCGACGCGAGAAAACCACCGGCGAUUUGAUGUCUAUCAAACAAGGUGAGAUAGAAAGUUUGAGGGACUAUGUGGGGCGUUUCAAUGCUGAAGCCGUCACCAUUCCUACACUGCAGCAAGAGGUGGCGGUCCUAGCCCUCAUGACGGGGUUGAGAGAAGGGACUCCAUUUCGAAGUUAUCUCGGUAGAAAGAAAAUAACGUGCUUAACAAAGGUCUUGGGAAAGGCAAAUGACUUUAUAAGAGGAGAAGAAUUUGACAAAGCAGCUAAUGCUAGAAGGCCGGCAGCAGUAGAGAAAGAUAAGGAGAAAGAUAAGGAUAAGGAUCGCCGGGACGACAAGUACCGGAAGGAUAAAAAGUCUGAUACCACAAGAAGAGAGGAAAACAAUUCCGUAAAAAAGGGGUUUGAGGGUCGGCCGGACAAAUAUCAAAACUAUACCCCACUAACGAUAUCUCGGGCACGGAUCUUUGAAAUGCACAGUAAAGACGAUAAGUGGCAAAGACCCAGGAAAAUGUAUUAUAAGGGCCGAGAUAAGUCUAAGUGA